GCAGAUUAACUUCCGUGUGUGAGCACCACUGCUACUUCCGUGUCAUGAGGAGUUCCCCCUCCACGCCGGACGGUCCGUCGCUGCCAGGAACAACAACCAAAAAAAAAAAACUCUGAUCACGAUGCGAGCGAUUCCCGAGGAGCUGUCGACGCUCAUAUCAGAUCUAGAACAUUUCCUCAGCCAUGGGUUAAAAGGUGAAAAUUUAAGCAAGAGGGCAAAAGAGAGGAGGGAGGCCUUCGUCAAACGGAUCAAAGAGGUCAAAUUGAGUUUUCCACAUGAAUUCAAGGACAAAACAGGUGGAGAUGACUCGGAGGAGGAGGAGGAAGUCGAUAGCAACAACGACGGCGGGUCGCUGCAGUCCGAGCGCACAGACAAGGACGAUGACGCGUGCGAGGGUGCCCAGCAGUCCCCACCCGUGGCAGCUCAGGACCUGACGUCUGUCUUCAAAGCAGGAUACCUUGAGAAACGCAGAAAGGAUCACAGCUUUUUUGGCAUCGAGUGGCAGAAACGAUGGUGCGUUCUUAGCCACCACACCUUCUACUAUUAUGGCAGUGAGAAAGACAAGCAGCAGAAGGGCGAGUUCUGUACCGACGGGUACGCCGUCAAACUGAGCAGCACCUUACGGAGAGACUCAAAGAAAGACUGCUGCUUUGAGAUCUCGGCGCCAGACAAGCGAGUCUAUCAGUUUUGUGCGUCAUCCGCGAAGGAGGCGGAGGAAUGGGUGAAACAGAUAGACGUUGUUUUGAGAGAUAUUGUAGAAGAAGAGGACCAGGAAACGUACGAUGAUAUUGAUACUUCAUCUGAUAGAGUUGAGCCUGAGCCGAUCGAUGAAGACAUCUAUGAAGAGCUCCCAGAAGAUGACAUGCCCAUUCCAGCACAGCCUCCGCUAACGGUGGCGCCAUCGAGCAGACCUCCUCCUCCUGCCGCAGCUGAUAAGAGCACAGACUACCAGAACUACUACCAGGGCUUGUGGGACUGUGAGAGGGACCUCCCGGACGAGCUGUCUUUCAAACGUGGAGAUGCCAUCUACAUCCUGAGCAAGGAGUACCAGAGCUUUGGCUGGUGGGUUGGAGAGAAGAAUGGAAAUAUCGGAAUCGUCCCCAAAGACUACCUGAUGGAGCUUUAUGCUUUAUAAAUGAGAUCCCUCCUUUCCAUUUCCAUAUUACUGAAAUACGUAUUUUUCUACUUUGCAAUAAGUUUUUGUAUUUAUUUUCUAUACAAUAUAUCUACAACAGCAUUUCAUGCUUUGCUUGGCAAACUUAAUAAAUACACAUUCAAACAAUA